UGCUUUUUGACAUACUAAAGAUGGCGCCUCCUAGCAAGCGGUCCAGGGCGGCCAAGAAGAGACAGGCUGACUUGAGGUCCACUGAGGUGCCGAGCAAGAGGUCCCCGGUGGCGCAGGUUGACUUGGUCUCCUGUGACGAGGUUGGGCGUCCUCGUAAAAAAGCCCACACACAGUCUUCGGACGCUAUACAGUCUUCGGACUGCCAGUUACAAUGCCAGUUACAAUGCCAGUUACAAUGCCAGUUACAGUCUUCGGACGCAAUACAAGCAAACUCUACCAACUCUCAAACAAACUCUACCAACUCUCUGAAUAUGUGCCAUGACAAUAAUGCUACUGAUUGUUGUUCUUUGAAUGAAUCUGUUGACUUCCCAGAGAGAUCUGUGCUGAUGGGGUCUUUUCAUCAAGGCCAUCUACGGUUUGGAAAUGUGCGCAACAAGCAGUGUGGUGCCAUCAGCUUGACUGCUGUUUUGAAGUCCAAGAUGAAGAACGUGUGGAGCUGGGAAACUGGAGAUCUUGAUGAUGUUUUGAUUAAGGGAACUGUUCUAUACAGGUCAAUGAGCGCACAGGGUAAAAUAAGAGACCAUGGAAGGGGUUACAUUGCUGUGUCUGAAUUACCUAGGCAAUAUGAAGUGUGGAAUUGUGAUUUUGCAAUAAACUUUGCUGAAUCUUACACUGGAUUUAUUCACGUUGAUGACUAUGACCAUGCUUUGCGUGAUGUUGCCAUGCCUUUUGAUGUAGCACUGCAGCGGAUUGAUAAAGAGAGUGAUGAUGAAGUGGCACAGUUCAUAGAUACAUAUAUCACUUGUGAGAUUCCACCAGAAACAGAUGCAGAGCUUUAUGAGGUUGUGAGCAGCGUACAGAGGCACAGCACAAGACACUCUAAGACUUGCCGCAAGAAAAACACAGUGUGCAGGUUCAACUUCCCACGGCCACCAUCAAGCUGUACUUUCAUCACAAGAGGCGGUAACUGUGAGGACUUGAAUGGCAAUGAUGACAAUGCAAGUGCUAGUGCAAUAAUAAAGAAUGUUAAAACUGCGUUGACCAUGCCUGACAUGAAUUUUGAUACAGCUGAUGCAUUUUUUGAGUCUCUUGGGAUAGAUCAAGGUUUGUUUGAAAAGGCGUACAACAUAUGUUCCAAAAAGAAAAGCAUUGUCCUUAAACGAAAUCCUGGAGACAUUUGGGUGAACCAGUACAACAAAGACUUACUCCGUGCUUGGCAAGGCAAUAUGGAUAUCCAGUAUGUCACAGAUGCCUUUUCAGUUGUGGUCUACAUACUGUCGUACAUCACAAAAGCAGAACAAGAAAUGGGUUUGCUCUUACAACGUGCCCAAGACGAGUCAAUGAAUGGCAACCUUGAUGCAAAAGCAGCAUUCAAACAGCUUGGAAGUGUAUACCUACACAACAGAGAAGUUUCAGCCCAAGAGGCAGUGUAUCGAUUAACACACAUGCACUUGAAAGAAUGCUCUCGUGACGUACAGUUCAUUCCAGUUGGUGAUAAUCCUGUUAGGAUGAGUUUACCUCUGCAUGUACUUCAAAAUAAAGCCCAAUUCCAACAGUGUAAUGAUGAAAGCAGCAUUUGGAUGCGCAAUGUGAUUGAGAGAUAUAAGAGCAGACCCCAGAAUGAACAAUUUGAGGAUAUAUGCCUGGCCAGUUUUUGUUCUGAAUACAGAGUUCUAUCAAAGUCACAGGUUCCGACUGAAAAAGAUUCACAUGACAUUAUACAGCUCAACAACAAUUGUGGUUUUGUGAAACGAAGGACCCGAACUGAACCUGCUGUCGUGAGGUAUCCCAGAUUUUCUCCCACAAAAAACCCUGAAAAGUACUUCCAUUCGUUGCUGCAACUGUUUCUGCCUUACUAUGAAGACUGUCACCUCAAACCGCCCCAGUUUGAUACAUAUGAACAUUUCUAUAAAAAUGGUGCAGUGAAAUGUGGUGUUGAUGUUCAAAGAGUGCAGUCGAUUGUGGAUACCAACAAAGCUUUAUUUGAAAAAGAAAGUGAUGAGAUUGACAGAGCUAAACAGCUGCUGGAAGACAAAAUUGAUUUGGAAGAUGCCUGGGCUCAAAUAUGUCCUGAAACAGAAAGGGAGCGUCUUCGUUGUUUGGAUCUGAUGAAAGAAAAAGUUGUAGAUGAUGAAGGUGAUGAUGAUGACAAACUCAUUCCUGACCUGACAGCAAACCCACAGACUACAUGCACUUUGGAAACAAAUCAUGUGUCAAUGCCCAGACAGGAUGCAUUGCAUUUAUUGCGAUCAUUAAAUGAAGAACAGUCUGCCAUAUUCUAUGCUGUUCGUAAGUGGUGUUUGCAGAAACUGUUUGGACAAAAUCCUGAACCGUUGCGAUUAUUCAUUACUGGUGGAGCAGGAACGGGGAAAAGCCAUUUAAUCAAAGCGAUACAUUACGAAUCUACACGGCUGUUGUCACAGAUUGCUGAAAAUCCUGAGGACCUCACUGUGCUUCUAACAGCACCUACAGGAGUGGCUGCAUAUAACAUUGGCGCUGCAACAAUUCACAAUACAUUCUCCAUCGGUGCAAAUGUCAAACUGCCAUAUCAACCACUAGGUGAUGAGAAAGUCAAUUCUUUGCGAACCAAAAUGGGCAGCUUGCAAAUUCUGAUCAUUGAUGAAGUGUCCAUGGUCGACCACCGUCUUUUGGCCUACAUUCAUGGUAGACUGCGUCAAAUCAAGCAGACUGGGGAUUAUUCCUUGUUUGCAAAAGUUUCCCUGAUUUGUGUGGGUGAUUUUUUCCAACUCAAGCCCGUGAAAGGCACGCCUCUUUUUGCUGAAAACAAAGGAGCCAACCUGUGGGACAACAACUUUGAGGUUGCAGAACUGACUAAAGUUGUUAGACAAGAAAAUGCAGCAUUUGCGGAAAUGCUUAAUCGUCUCAGAGUCCGUAAAAAGAACGAACCUCUCACCGACUGUGAUGUUCUCACACUGAGGCAGCGUGAAACUGAGACGUGGCUCAAUGUAGACACUGAAGAAGAGCCACAACUUCCAGGAUACGUCUUCAAACACAAUCCGAGAGGAAACUGUUACGAUGAAUCCGAGCCAGCCUUUGCAGCGCUGAAACAACAACAAAGAGGUGGAGUUGGUGUGUAUUGUUCAGAAAACAUUGAUGUGCAGGUGUCAAUUCCAGAAAGAUGCAAUUUGGAAUGUCUGUAUUUUGAAAUACCUCAUGCAAAUUUGAUUGCUGCUGUGUUGUACAGGCCCAGCUCGUAUAAGAUUGACAUGUUUCGAGAACAGAUAUUACAGGUCAUCUUUGAACUUGAGAAGCAUCCAGGGAGGAAACUCAUCAUGGGAGACUUCAAUGAGGAUAUCUUUGUAUCGUCUACAAUUCUCAAGUUACUGGAACAGCAUGGGUAG